CCUGUUGUAGUGUGGUGGUGAAGGAAGUGAAAAGCAUGAGAUUUGAGAAUAAAAGGAGAAAAGCACAAGAUCUGAGAACAAAAGGAGUUGCCUCUCUCUGGUGCUACCCUAGGGAAAAGCUGAAGUGAUAGCAAAAGGAAUGAGGACUGGGAAAGAAAUAAAAUCUUGUUGUCAAGGUGCUGCAUGAUUUGGGGGGAAAAAAGUGUAUGACCACCGUUUUGCUGCUGCUUCCAAACAGCCAGACAUCGAUCUUCCACUCUUUUGUUGUCCCCGUCACUCAGCCGAAUACAUGAUUUCUAGCACCAGAGAGAAGAUAUGGCUCUUUGUUGCUCUGAUGUAUUUGUUUCAGAGAAAUACUUAUUCAGAAGAAGUCAGAAGAAUAAAGAGAGCUGUGGAUCCUGAAGCAUAUAUGAAUAUUAAUGAGCUCAUUACUUACAAAGGGUACCCCAGUGAAGAGUAUGAAGUGACCACAGAAGAUGGUUAUAUCAUCACUAUUAAUAGAAUCCCUUAUGGUACACAGAAUCAAGGAAACCAAGCUAUGAAACCGGUUGUAUUUCUCCAACAUGGAUUAUUGGGAGAUGCUAGUAACUGGGUCACAAACCUUCCCAACAACAGCUUGGGCUUCAUAUUAGCUGAUGCUGGUUAUGACGUUUGGAUGGGAAAUAGCAGAGGGAAUCGCUGGUCCAGAAAACAUCAGAAUUAUUCUAUUGAUCAAGAUGAAUUCUGGGCAUUCAGUUUUGAUGAGAUGGCAAAGUUUGAUCUUCCAGCAGCAAUAAAUUUCAUUGUGGAGAAAACAAGACAGGAAAAGUUGUACUAUAUUGGCUAUUCACAAGGUACUACCAUUGCUUUCAUUGCAUUUUCAACAAUGCCAGAGCUGUCUCAAAAAAUCAAACUCUAUUUUGCAUUGGCACCUGUUGCUACUAUUAAGUACGCUAAAAGCCCAGUGACAAAACUCCUCUACCUUCCUGAAAAAUGGCUCAGGGGUUUGCUUGGUAAAAGAGAAUUCCUUCCCCAGACUGAAUGUCUAAGAAAGCUAAUAGUCCCUGUGUGCAGCCACCAAGCUUUUGCCAGGCUUUGUAGACGUAUCUUCUUCAGUUUGGGUGGCUUUAACCUGAAAAAUAUUGACAUGAAACGAAUCAAUGUGUAUAUUGCACAAACCUCUUCUGGAACAUCUGUGCAGAAUAUAAUCCACUGGAGUCAGGAGGCCCAUUCUGGAAAAUUCCAAGCUUAUGACUGGGGCAGUUCAAAGAAGAACAUGAGAAAAUAUCAACAAGCUACUGCUCCACUCUACAGUGUAGAAGAGAUGACUGUACCCACUGCAGUAUGGACUGGGGAACGAGACUUGCUCGCAGAUCCCAAGGAUGUAGACAUUAUACUGUCUCAAAUUAAGAGACUCAUCUAUCACAAGAGAAUUCCUCAAUGGACACAUCUGGAUUUCAUCUGGGGAUUGGAUGCACCUUUGCACGUGUACAAUGAAAUUAUUGCUCUGAUGCAGAAAUACCCUUAACCCACAACCAGUAGCCAUACCUGACUCAUUCAAUAACACUUGCUUUCACUGGAUGUGAACAAAUCCUUCUUUUGCAUCAGAUGGUUUCUGAUGGGAUCAGAGAAAGGGUUCUUCCUGUCUAUUUUCAUACCACAUGUCACUGCAGUGCUUUUUGUAUCCUGAUGGCACAUUGCAUAUUUUCUAGUAAACUUGUGGGUCAUUAAUCACUUCUUAAUUGAUACAGCCUAGAUUCUGCAACAAUCAUACUUUGCUAACAGAAGACACAGUUUCUUGCAGCCUUCUCUCUUCUUAAGACUCUAAUAGUAAUGAAGGCACUGACUUUCUCUGAGUACAGUCAUUUUCAAUAACAUUUUCCAUUCUUCACAUUAUUCCUCAGUUUAUUGGACUGGCAGUUACUGGAAGAUGUAUUGUAAGCCAAGACUAAUUCCAACAAUUAUGGUAUUCAUUAAUUUUAUAUAUGAAAAUCAGAAUGUAAACAGUGAGUCCAAAUAAAAAACUCACUCCUGAAAAAAA